UUUGUACCGGGUAAUCUGGUUAAUAACUGACUGCUUUCCAUUCAACACUGUAUAAAUUCGAAGUAAAGAUGAUCUGGAGGCUUUUGAUACCUUUGAUACUGACUCCACCACUGGGUUCCGGCUACAACUACUGCAACAACAAGACGCACAAGUGUGUGCUGGAGAACAAAGAACACUUCAUGUGCCAUCUUGAGGACUUCACCGCCUACGGGAACUCGACCAAGUUCCAUGCUUCCGUUCCGACCAACAUGAGGAUGCAGAAGAUAGCACUGGACGUCCUCAACAAUCUGCGGAACGACUUUGCGGGCGGUGAACUGAGGACGAAGGGCAACAAGGUGUUCGCGAGGGCCAGGCGGAUGCGCGUGCUAGUGUGGGACAAGGAGCUGGCCUACUUGGGCCACAACCAUGCGACCACGUUGUCCCUGAAGAGCUCGCAGUGCCGGUCCACCCUGCGGUUCCCCUACGUCGGCGAAGUCAUUGCCCUGGUGACCCGCAGGGAGAAGCUCAAUCUGAAGGAGAUAUUUUCGAUGGUGUUCACCCCCAUGUUCCGCGAGUACCAGCAUGUCUCGGAUCCAGACGCUCUCCUCCAGGCCUUCGACCCUGUCAGGGACUUCCAUGUGGCUUACUUCACCAACCUCAUCAGCGACCGCGUGUCACGGGUGGGAUGUGGUCUUGCCGUGGGCUCCAACUGCCAUCCAUUCUUCAAGUUCUGCCACUUCGUGAGCUGCUACUUGGACUUCAGCAACUUGGCCGGCUCGUAUGUGUACAAGGCCGGGGAUCCCACCUCGUCCUGCGACGACUGGGGCGUCGUUAGCUCCGAUAAGUACGCGAAUCUCUGCAAGAACAGCGGCGAGAUUUUCCAGCACGAUCACGGCGACCGGGUCGAGUGAAAGUCCGGUGGUGAGGUGUUUAGUAUAUUCGUACAUUUAUAUAUGUUUUUCAAGCACAGGAGUCCGACUUAGAAAACCUCCCAGAACCCGAAAUACAAUCCUUACAUUUCCCACGA